UUUACACCAAUACUCGCAUUUUAAAUCAUCAUUCCUGUUCAAGUUUGAAAUAAAUGGAAAUUAACUAAUAGCAAAUCGAUCUUUUUUGCAAUUAUACGUACAUAAGUGAAAGAACCCGAAUUGCUAGAAGAGAAGAAUACGUCUACGCCGCAACGAAUCGAUAAUACCUGAAUAAAUUGUAACAGUACUUUGGACAUUAGAAGUAUAACACUCGCGCUAGUGACACAAGUGCAGUUGGCCUCGUAAGAUUAAUUAUGCCUUCCCGGGCUGAAGAUAUACUCAAGGGCUUUCAAGUGAACUGGAUGAAUUUACGUGAUGCCUACACCGGUAAAAUAUUAUGGCAAGGGAACGAAGAUUUGUCUGUACCUGACGUGGAACACGAGGCAAGGGUGCCGAAGAAGAUACUGAAAUGUCGAGCAGUGUCACGAGAAAUUAAUUUUAGUUCUGCAGAACCAAUGGAAAGGUUUAGGCUAGAACAGAAGGUAUUGUUCAAAGGUCGGUGCCUGGAAGAGUGGUUCUUUAGAUUUGGAUUUGUAAUACCUAACAGCACCAACACCUGGCAAAGUAUGAUAUACGCUGCCCCAGAGAGUCAAAUGAUGCCUGCUAAUAUUUUAAAUGGAAAUGUGGUGAUAGAAACGAAGUUCUUCGACGAUGAUUUAUUAGUCUCUACCAGCAAAGUUCGUCUUUUCUACGUCUGAGCAAUAAACGUUCCAUAUCAAAUAUUACAAGACAUGGGACCAACAAAUGUGUCUCAAAAUAAAGUCAGAGACCGGAUGGCAUACGAUGAUAAUAUCGAAACAAUGUUCAUAUUGAGCAUACUUCUACGCACCUACUCUGACAGCACUUUGCCGAAUGUAUUUUCUCACAUUUUGCAUGAGCGAAAUGUAUAGCACAUUUCGGCUUGACAAGCUUGAAAAAAAGUUACUUGAAAUUUGUGAAAUGUGCACUUUCGAAGGCACUAUCUUUAUUUAAAUACAAAUGAACGUAGCAAAUUUUGUACAUAUUGUAAUACACUACACUGAUUCAAUAAAAAAAAUAGAAA